AUGACGACGGCGACGGAGACGCCGACGGAGGCGCCGAAGACGAUAUAUCUGAAGGAUUACGAGCGACCGGCGUACGCGUUCGAAAGGGUGAAUUUGGACUUUGAGCUCGGGGAGGCGACGACGACGGUGACGUCGACGAUUCGAGUUCGACCGGCGAACGAUGCGAAUGGGAAAUCGUUGUUCCUGAACGGCGAUGAAUCGGUGGAGUUGGCGGCGAUCGAGGUGGACGGCGCGAAAUUCACGACGUACGAACGGACGGGGAAGGGGAUCACGCUGCGCGCGCUGCCGACGGAGGCGUUUGAUUUGCGAGUGACGACGACGAUUAAGCCGCAAGAGAACACCGCGCUCGAGGGACUUUAUAAGUCGUCUGGGAACUUUUGCACGCAAUGCGAGGCGGAAGGUUUCCGACGAAUCACGUUUUAUCAAGAUAGACCGGAUGUGAUGUCGAUAUUCACGACGCGCAUCACGGCGGAUAAGACGAAGUAUCCGGUGCUGCUCGGCAACGGAAACUUGGUGGAUUCUGGAGAUUUGGAGGGUGGUAAGCACUUCACCGUGUGGGAAGAUCCGUGGGCAAAACCGUGUUACCUUUUCGCGCUCGUCGCGGGUGAUCUCGGGAUGGUGGAGGAUAAAUUCAAGACGAUGACGGGCAAAGAAGUGACGCUUCGCAUCUUCACCGAGACGCACAACUUGGACAAGUGCGCGCACGCGAUGACGAGCUUGAUCAAAUCCAUGAAAUGGGACGAAGACACGUAUGGUUUGGAGUACGACUUGGAGCUUUUCAACAUCGUCGCCGUGGACGAUUUCAACAUGGGCGCCAUGGAGAACAAGUCGCUGAACAUUUUCAACUCGCGUCUCGUGUUGGCGACGCCGCAGAGCGCCACGGAUGCCGAUUACGCCGCCAUUGAAGGUGUCGUGGCGCACGAAUACUUUCACAACUACACUGGAAACCGUGUGACGUGUCGUGAUUGGUUCCAACUGUCCCUCAAGGAAGGGCUGACUGUGUACAGAGACCAAGAGUUCAGCGCGGAUAUGAACUCGCGAGGCGUCAAGCGCAUCGGCGACGUCUCGCGCCUUCGCAUGGCGCAAUUCGCCCAAGACGCGGGUCCGAUGGCGCACCGGAUUCGCCCGGGAAUCGGAGCGGAAGUCGUGCGCAUGUACGAGACGCUCCUCGGCAAGGAUGGGUUCCGCAAGGGGAUGGAUUUGUACUUUGAACGUCACGACGGUCAAGCGGUGACGACGGAGGAUUUCUUCGCCGCCAUGUGCGACGCCAACGGUGCGGACUUGUCCACGUUCAAGCCCUGGUACUCCCAAGCGGGUACGCCGCGCGUCACCGCGAACGGGUCUUACGACGCCGCCGCGAAGACGUUCACCCUCGAAUGCUCGCAAGUGGUUCCGAAAACGCCCGGUCAAGACUCCAAGGUUCCGGUCUUGUGCCCGAUCGCCGUUGGUCUCGUUGGUCCCGACGGUGCAGACAUGAACCUCACGAUCGACGGCAAAUCCCACGGCACGACGGCGGUGCUUCGUUUCGAUCAAGCCUCGGCGACGUACACUUUCACCGGCGUCGACGCCAAGCCCGUGCCGAGCAUCUUGCGCAACUUCAGCGCGCCCGUGCGUUUGACGACCAACUUGACGCAAGACGACUUGUUGUUCCUCAUGGCGAACGACUCGGACGCGUUCAACCGAUGGGAGGCUGGGCAGACGCUGCUCAGAAACCUCUGCCUGGAUCUGAUCAAGGGCGGCGAGCAGUCAUUCAAGAUGAACGACGCCAUCACGGCGGCGAUGCGCACGAUUCUUUCGGGCGCCAAGGCUGCCGACGCGGACAAGGCGUUCAUCGCGCGCGCCAUGAUGGUGCCUUCCGAGGGCGAGCUGAGCGACAUGCUCGAAGAGGGCACGGUGGAUCCCGCCGCCGUGCACGCCGCUCGCGACUUUGUCAUGAAGACGCUCGCCACGGAGCUUCGCGCUGAGUUGGAAGCCACGGCGCAAGCGAACAGCGCCGCGGUGUAUUCGAACGAACCCGCCGAUCGCGCCGCGCGAUCGCUGAAAAACGCGUGCAUCGGAUAUUUGUCGUAUUUGGACGCGCCGGAAAUCGCCGCGAUGACGUACGAGCGCUACGUCGCCGCGGACAACAUGACGGAUAAGAUUGCCGCCCUGAGCGCGCUCAGCGGCAAAGACUGCGACGAACGCAUCAAAGCCAUCGAUGCGUUUUACGCCGAGUGGUCGCACGACCCGCUCGUCAUGAACAAAUGGCUCAGCAUCCAAGCCGCGUCGUCGCUCCCGAACAACCUCGCCAACGUUCGCGCGCUCGCCGCCGGCUCCGCCUUCGACAUCAAGAACCCCAACAAAGUGUACUCCCUCAUCGGUGGUUUCUGCGCCUCUCCCACCAACUUUCACGCCAUCGACGGCUCCGGUUACGAAUUCCUCGCCGACAUCGUCCUCGAGCUCGACGAUCUCAACGGCCAAGUCGCCUCUCGCAUGGUGUCCGCGUUUACGCGUUGGCGCAAAUUCGAGCCGACGCGCGCGUCGGCGAUGAAGGCGCAGCUCGAGCGCAUCGCCGCCAAGACGGGUCUGAGCGAAAACGUCUUCGAGAUCGUCUCCAAGUCGCUCGAGUGAUCGCGCG